AUGGGUCCGGAGCAGUUUGGUGUUUCACAUUUUCAUACGGCUUCGAAACCGCUCAAAGAGAUCGAUAUUCGCCUUCCAGAAAAUCUGGUCAAAGGAGCGGUAAAGUUGGAUCCAUGCGUUAGGAAAUACAUUGGCGAUGAAUUACCACCAGAGACUGGAUCAGAGAUCACUUGGACCUAUGUUACUUUUGAUAAGGAGGCAAGUUCUUGUUUGCUUGUGAGUGUCGAACUCAAAUUACCGCAGUCUGAGAAAAAUGUCUACGCGUUGAAGUUUGAAGAUCGCGAAAACGAUGGUGCUUUCCUCACCAACGAGAAUCGUGGCCUGAUACGCCAGGGAUUUAUACUUAUUUUAACUGCUUCACCGGUUUGUUCUUUCAUCGGAACUACAAAAAAGAAAAAUUAG